CGGGGCGGCAGCGGCAGGAGGAGGAGGAGGAGGAGGAGGAGGAGGAGGAGGCGGCGGCCUCGGCGGGUCGGGGAGCGGCUCCAUGGCGACCGCGGCGACGGAACCGGUGUACGGGCUCUCGGAGGACGAGGAGGAGUCUCGCAUCCUCAGGGUGAAGGUGGUGUCUGGCAUCGAUCUGGCAAAAAAAGACAUCUUUGGAGCCAGUGAUCCCUAUGUGAAACUUUCCUUGUAUGUAGCAGAUGAGAACAGAGAACUUGCUCUUGUGCAGACAAAAACCAUUAAAAAGACACUGAACCCCAAGUGGAAUGAAGAAUUUUAUUUUAGAGUGAACCCAACCAACCACCGGCUCCUGUUCGAGGUGUUUGAUGAGAACAGACUGACCAGAGACGACUUCCUGGGCCAGGUGGAUGUGCCGCUCAGUCACCUCCCGACUGAAGACCCGACCAUGGAGAGGCCGUACACAUUUAAGGAUUUCCUCCUCAGACCAAGAAGCCACAAGUCUCGUGUGAAGGGUUUCCUGAGGCUGAAGAUGGCUUACAUGCCUAAAAACGGUGGCCAGGAGGAGGAGAACAGUGAUCAAAGGGACGACUCCGAGCAUGGCUGGGAUGUGGUUGAUUCCAGUGACUCUGCGUCUCAACGGCAGGAGGAGCUGCCGCCUCCUCCGCUGCCUCCUGGAUGGGAAGAGAAGGUGGACAACUUGGGACGGACUUACUACGUCAACCACAACAACAGGACCACCCAGUGGCACCGGCCGAGCCUCAUCGAUGUGGGCUCAGACUCUGACAACAACAUCAGGCAGAUAAACCAGGAGGCUGCACACCGGCGCUUCCGCUCUCGGAGGCACAUCAGCGAGGACCUGGAGCCAGAGCCCACGGAGAGCGGGGACAUUCCCGAGCCUUGGGAAACCAUCUCAGAGGAGGCAAGUGCCAGUGGAGAUUCCUUAAGCUUGUCACUGCCACCCCCUCCUGCAUCCCCAGUGUCCCGGAGCAGUCCUCAGGAGCUGUCUGAGGAGCUGAGCAGGAGACUCCAGGUCACUCCCGACUCCAACGGGGAACAGCUCGGCUCUUUGAUCCAAAGAGAACCUUCUUCGAGGCUGAGGUCGUGCAGCGUGACAGACACAGUGGCUGAGCAGUCACAGUUAUCCCUGCAGAGCGGUCCCUCUAGGAGAGCUCGUUCUUCAACUGUCUCAGGUGGAGAGGAGCCAACGCCCUCCGUGGCCUACGUGCACACCACGCCGGGGCUGCCCUCGGGCUGGGAGGAGCGCAAGGACGCCAAGGGCCGCACCUACUACGUCAACCACAACAACCGCACCACCACGUGGACACGGCCCAUCAUGCAGCUGGCCGAGGACGGGAUGGUGGCACCGGGCAGCAGCAGCAGCAGCAGCAACCACCUGAGCGAGCCGCAGAUCCGGCGGCCCCGCAGCCUCAGCUCCCCCACCGUCACCCUGUCGGCCCCGCUGGAGGGCAUGAAGGACUCUCCGGUGCGCCGGGCGGUGAAGGACACCCUCUCCAACCCGCAGUCCCCACAGCCAUCCCCCUACAACUCGCCCAAGCCCCAGCACAAGGGGGCUCAGAGCUUCCUGCCCCCGGGCUGGGAGAUGCGCAUCGCCCCCAACGGCCGCCCCUUCUUCAUCGACCACAACACCAAGACCACCACCUGGGAGGAUCCACGGCUGAAGUUCCCCGUGCAUUUGAGAUCCAAAGCAUCUCUGAACCCCAACGACCUGGGCCCUCUUCCUCCUGGCUGGGAGGAAAGAAUACACCUGGAUGGAAGGACGUUUUAUAUAGACCAUAAUAAUAAGAUUACCCAGUGGGAAGACCCCAGGCUGCAGAACCCGGCCAUCACGGGCCCAGCAGUUCCAUAUUCCCGGGAGUUCAAGCAGAAAUAUGAUUAUUUCCGGAAGAAGUUAAAGAAACCCGCUGAUAUACCCAACAGAUUUGAGAUGAAACUACACAGAAAUAAUAUUUUUGAGGAGUCCUACAGAAGAAUCAUGUCCGUGAAGAGACCUGAUGUACUAAAAGCCAGGCUCUGGAUUGAAUUUGAGUCAGAAAAGGGGCUUGACUAUGGAGGUGUGGCCAGAGAGUGGUUUUUUCUCUUGUCCAAGGAGAUGUUUAACCCUUACUAUGGUCUCUUUGAAUACUCAGCCACGGACAACUACACACUUCAGAUUAAUCCUAAUUCAGGUCUCUGUAACGAAGACCACCUGUCGUACUUCACGUUCAUCGGCCGGGUGGCCGGGCUGGCCGUGUACCACGGGAAGCUGCUGGACGGCUUCUUCAUCAGACCUUUCUACAAGAUGAUGCUGGGGAAGCCGAUAACUCUGAAAGACAUGGAGUCAGUGGACAGCGAAUACUACAACUCCCUGAAGUGGAUCCUGGAAAAUGACCCCACCGAGCUGGAUCUCAUGUUUUGCAUAGAUGAGGAAAACUUUGGACAGACAUAUCAAGUGGACCUGAAGCCCAAUGGGUCUGAAAUCAUGGUAACGAAUGAAAACAAGCGGGAAUACAUCGACCUGGUCAUCCAGUGGCGGUUUGUCAACAGGGUGCAGAAACAAAUGAAUGCCUUUCUGGAGGGAUUCACAGAACUGCUCCCUAUUGACCUGAUUAAAAUUUUUGAUGAGAACGAGCUGGAGCUGCUGAUGUGUGGCCUUGGGGAUGUCGAUGUCAAUGACUGGAGACAACACACCAUCUACAAAAACGGCUACUGCCCCAAUCACCCCGUUAUCCAGUGGUUCUGGAAGGCUGUUCUGCUGAUGGAUGCCGAGAAGCGGAUCCGGCUCCUGCAGUUUGUGACCGGGACGUCUCGAGUGCCUAUGAAUGGAUUUGCUGAACUUUACGGUUCAAAUGGUCCUCAGCUGUUUACAAUAGAGCAGUGGGGAACUCCUGACAAGCUGCCCCGAGCUCACACCUGCUUUAACCGCCUGGACUUACCUCUGUAUGAGUCCUUCGAGGACCUGCGGGAGAAGCUCCUCAUGGCCGUGGAGAACGCCCAGGGCUUCGAAGGGGUGGAUUAGGCGGGUGGCCCGUGGCCCUCCAAGCACGUUCUGCUGCAGCCUGGCCCUGCCCCGGGGCACCCCCAGGGCCCGUGGGGAGCAGUUGGGUCGGCGAUGGAGC